AUGGGCAUUGCUCGUUAUGUGGGACACCCGUUAAGGGUUGAUGGAACUUCAGCAAAAAGAGACUUUGGCCAAUUCGCCAGAAUUCUUAUCGAAAUAGAUAUGUCUAAACCUUUGCCUAAUACUCUUCUUGUUGAUGGAGAUGACGUUGCUUUUCAUGUGGAAUUUACAUAUAAAUAUCUCCCUUUUUUUGUUCCAGAUGCAAAACAACAGGACAUACUCUCGAGAAAUGAGCCGCUGGAUCAAAGCGUUGAUCAUGUUGAUUUGGACAAGGGAAGUGGCUUCGCGAUUCAUGAAACAAAUCUGCAUGAGAGAGAUAUUUCACGAUCGGCUGAGAGCCUCCGAACGCCGACAAGGACUGAUACUGUUAAUGGUCUUGAAGUGCUGAAGAAAGUUAACGCUAUGGAGAUACAUUGUCAGGACAAGGUGAGUCCUACAGCUGGGAGGAGUACAACGAGUGCCCUUGAGAUUUCGAAGCUUAAUUUGGGAAACAGAUUUGAGGUUUUGACUAGCAGGGGAGAGCAGAUAGAUACGGAAGCUUAUAAACAACCUGUUAAUCUACCAGAUCAAGAGAUUGAAACUUCAGAGGAUGAGGAAGAAGUUGAUGCCGAGAUAAUUAUGGAAUCCGAUGGAAAAUUCAAUGAGGAAGAUAUGGAGGUUCCAGGAUUGAUAAAUGAGCGCAGGAUUCUAGAAGCAACAGGUGCCGAGGCUGUGGCCAUCGAGAAUGCGAUGAAGGCCCAGCGUCUGGAACAAAUAUUAGCUAUCGCCAAAGCUCCUAUGAAAAUGGGGUCACCGCCCAAGAAAAGGGGCAGACCUUCAAAGCAAGCUCUAGCGGCCAAAGCUGCCAAGGUUGACGAUAAUAAAGUUGUUGAACUCAAUACAGCGGCUCAUGAGAGCAUUAAGAAUCAUCUGCGGCACUCAACAGAUACGGGGUAUAAAGCGCGAGAUUUCGUUAUUUAG